GUGACACACUUUCCUCAGUGAUCGCCUGCCUGGACACAGCGGAUUAUGCCGUCUAAUUUUGCAGCGCACUUCAAGCCAGGCAUACCACUCAGCAGACAGGAAGGGCCGCUUUUCUUUGCUUUUACGCACACGCACAAACUGGAAAAGUGACUUGGCGAGCGCGAUAUGACCGUGGAUCGGGACAUGAGCAGCCCGUCAGGGUUCAUCCCGCAAAAGGAGAUCGUGUAUAAUGGCCUGCUGCCUUACGCGGACCGGUUGGAUAAGGAGGCCACGGAGCUCUUGGCGGAAAUCAAAGCGAACCUAUGCAGAGCUGUGCUGGUCAGGGAGCUGUGGCCUGGAGUCUCCUUCUGGUCGAGGAAACUAUUCUCGUUCUUGAAGCUGUAUGGCCGGAGGUUCAGUAAAGAGGACCAUGUUCUCUUUAUUAAGCUGCUCUAUGAAUUGGUCACACUGCCUAACCUGGAGCCCCACAUGAUGCAGGGCUACGCCAGGCUCCUCAUACAGCUCCUCAAGAAGAAGGAGCUGCUAUCAAGGGAUGACUUACAGUUGCCAUGGCGACCGCUAUACGAGCUGUACGAGAGGGUCCUGUACUCCAAAACUGAGCACCUCGGCCUCAUCUGGUUCCCUAACUCGGUGGACAACAUUUUGAAGGCUUUGAUCAAGAGCUGCCGACUGUAUUUCCCGGUGUCGUCCACCCAGGAAAUGCUGGAUGAGUGGCGCCCCCUGUUGUGCGUGUUCGACGUGGUCAUGCAGAAGGCCGUCAGCAACAUGGAGCUGUUCCUCCCCACCAUCAUGCCCCCAGAGGAGCACAGCCAGGGCUUCCAGUUGUGGUUUGAUGAGCUAAUGAAUCUCUGGAUGUCAGUGCAGAAUCAGCCAAGCUGGGAAGGGCACUUGGUGAACCUGUUUGCUCGCCUGGCCAAUGACAACAUCGGCUACGUAGACUGGACACCGUAUAUCCCCACAAUCUUUACAAGGAUCCUGCGCAGUCUCAACCUGCCAGUGGGGGUUAGUCAGAUGGUGGCACCACGAUACCUCACCAACUCCUAUGACAUUGGACACUUGGUGUUGUUGAUCACUGCCCUUCUGGGUGGACCAGGAAACCCUGCACAGAAAGAGCUGACCUGCCUCUUCAAUAGUAUCGCCUCUUUUUACCAUCCAUCCAACCACGGCCGCUGGCAAUCUCGACUGAUGCGCCUGCUCCAGCGGCUUCCGGCCAGCGUGGUGCGGCGCGUGCACCGGGAGCGCCACGCCGCCCCCAGCUGGAUCCCACCGGUUCCUGAGCAGCAGAGGCUGACUGACGCAGACCUGCAGGAGUUCAGCAGCAGCCUCAUUGGAGCCGCACUGCUGGCCAUGUUCAGUAAAACAGGCAGUAUGGACGCGGCCUACGCUCUGCAGAACCUGGCUCUCCUCACCCCAGAGCUCAUCAUACCACCUGUGCUAGAGAAAACCUAUGCAGCCAUGGAGACCCUGACGGAGCCUCACACCCUCACCGCCACCCUCAGCUGUAUGAUCGGCAUGGCUCGCAGCUUGGUCUCCGCUAGCAACCAUUACCCAGAAGGCCGUACGCAUGUGCUCCCGUUGCUCAUGGGUUCCCUGCCCGGCGUGGAUCCCAAUGACUUCAGCAAGUGCAUGAUAACAUUCCAGUUUAUUGCCACCUUCACCGCUCUGGUGCCUUUAGUGGACUGUUCAUCUGCUCCUUCUCAACAGGGCGAUCUGACAGAGAUUGAGAAAGAUCUGUGUUUCGCUUCAGCUGAAUUUGAAGACUUUGUUCUCCAGUUUCUGGACAGGUGUUUUGCACUGAUAGACAGCAGUACCCUGGAACAGACGAGAGGCGAGACAGAGACAGAUACCCAAACUCAGCUGGAGAGCCUGGUGGAGCUGGGCCUGUCCUCCACCGUCAGCACCAUACUGACACAGUGCUCCAUAGACAUAUACAAGGUGGCGUUGCAGAAAGUGUACAACUUUGCCACCACAAACAUCUUUGAGACGUGUGUGUCAGGAAGGAUGGUGGCUGACAUGUGCAGAGCUGCAGCAAAGUGUCAUCCCGCUGAGUCUCUCCGUCUGUUCGUCCCUCACUGCUGCAGCGUCAUUUUCCACAUCACUGACAAUGAGGAGCUGUUGAAUGAAGAGGAGCUGGACAAGGAGCUCUUGUGGAAUCUCCAGCUGCUCUCCGAGGUAACACGCGUGGAUGGUGAACAGCUGUUGAAAUACCAAGGGGACUUGGAGCGGAUCCUGAGCGUGUGUGUGCGUCUGCGCUGUAAACGGGCGUACACACUCGCCUGCAGUCUGCUGGAACACACACUCCGAUCGCUGUCUCUCAUCUACCCCACAGAGUACCGCAGCACCCCUGGAGCCUUUGAUAGCGACCUCCCCAUACGGGACUGGGGCAGAGCUGGAGAUGUGGCAGCGUUGGGAGUGUGUUGGCACGUGCCCAGUCAGGAGGAGGAGAACUUUGUUUUCCAGCUGCUGUCCCGCCUCCUGCACCCUGAGCUCCAGCGAAUAAAAGACCAUGUCUCUGGAGAUCAGCCAAUGAGCAGGGAGGAGCUGUUGCAGAGUCUAGCCAUAGUGCAGCAUUGCCUUCUUGGAGCUGGAAGCAUUCUGCCCCCUCUGGAUGGACCGCACGUAUCUGACCUCGUACCCUCCAUGGUGAAUUUGGAGGAGAUCAAGCUGCAUAUUGGUGUUGACUAUGAUGAUUCAAGGGAGAACUACAGAGAGUCCAUCUGCCAAACCAUGAGACUGCUGCUACAUCAUAUUCUGGAGCACUCUGAGGACGACACCAAGUCACUUUUCGUUAUCAUUAAGAUCAUCAGUGACCUCAUGUUUUUCCGAGGCACACACAAGAAGGAGUUUGACUCCCGCUGGAAAAGCUUCACUCUUGUCAAGAAGUCCAUGGAAAACAGGCUUCAUGGGAAAAAGCAGCACAUCCGAGCACUGCUCAUCGACAGAGUUUUGCUCCAGCAUGAGAUGAGGAAACUGGUGGUUGAAGGCAGCGAAUAUAAAGUUGUACAUCAGGAGCUGCUCUGUGAUCUGCUGCUGCUGUCUACUAGCACUUAUAGUCAGGUACGCAGCAGGGCCCAGAAUGUGCUGAUGACGGCGUUGGGAACAUACAGCUUCUCCUACAGAGACCUGACUCCCAGAAUCCUACAGCUUCUCUCACCUCAACACACCGAUGUCACUCAGCAGCAGUUCAAGGGUGCCCUGUACUGCUUACUGGGAGUGUAUGGUGGUGUGUGUCUGGCCAGUGUGAGGGACUGGGACUGUAUCGGGGAGGUGUGGCCUGCGCUGGUCCGCUGCGGCUUAUCGCCCUCCAUGACCCUGGAAAAGCCCUCCAUUGGCCGACUGUUAGAUGACAUCACAGACAGAAUCCAUCGCCAGCACGACACCAUCGGCAUCUAUUUCAGCGUAUCUGAGGGAUGUGUAGAAAUAGCCAAUCAAAUCGCAGAGUCUCAGAACCCCGCCCCUUGCUUAGCCGCGCCCACCAUAGAAGAACUAAAGGAGGGGCUUCAACGUCAGCGAAUCAGAAACCUGGUUGCAGCCAGGAAAUAUGAAAAGCUGGUUAAUGACCUCUUGGAUUGCCUUGAAGACAGAGACCUGCCCUGGAAGUUUGAGCACAUGGCCACGGACCUGUUGUCUAUCCAGCUGAGGGACGACCACCCUCUGCCCCCUGACGCCGUCCUCUAUUUCACACAGGGCCUCACGCACGACUCAAUCAGCAUACGCAAGGUGGCGAUCUCAGCAGUGGCUGGCAUCCUGAAACAGCUGAAAAGACCAAGACCGAAAGUGACUGUGAAGCCAUCAGAUAUCAGUGGUAUAGAGGAUCCAGAGGGUGUGUGUGUAGGGGAUCGCGAGACAAAUCGCUGGCUACAGUAUGACAGCAACAAUCUACCUCUAAGUCAGGAACAGUGGGACUCCCAGCACUACGUGGAGAAAACCCACUGGGGCUACUAUUCGUGGCCAAAAGAACUGAUGAUCUAUGCAGCUUCAGAAACGCCAAAAGACAACCUGCCAAAUGAGGAGAUGAGCGAGGGUGAAAAGAUCAUCUUUGAGUAUUUUUCGGACCCAGAGUUCAUUGACCAGCUUUUGGGAUUCCUCUCUCUUGAGGAUAGGAAAGGAAAAGACACCUUCAGCCCUCGACGCUUCUGUCUCUUCAAGGGGCUGUUUCGUAACUAUGGCGACGAAUUCCUGCCGUUACUAUGGCCUCACCUAGAGCAGCUAGCCGGUGACUCCCAUGAGAGCUCACAGCGCUGUGUGUGUGAGAUUACUGCAGGACUAAUCAGAGGCAGCAAACACUGGAGUUUCAGCAAGGUGGAGAAGUUAUGGCAGCUCUUGUGUCCUUUGAUCAGGACAGCGUUGGCCAACAUCACAGUGGAAACCUACACAGAUUGGGGCACCUGCAUCGCUACUGCUUGUGAGGGCCGGGACCCCAGGAAGCUCAGUUGGUUGUUAGAGCUGCUGAUGGAGAGCCCACUCAGUGGGGAGGGGGGCUCCUUCAGGGAUGCCAGCCUGCUGUAUGUGCUCCAGGGUGGUCUGGCCCAGCAGCAGUGGAGAGUGUCUGAACUGCUACACCGACUGCUAGCGUACCUGGAGCCCAAACUCACGCAGGUCUACAAGAACGUGCGGGAGCGCAUUGGCAGUGUCCUGACCUACAUCUUCAUGAUAGACGUAGCCCUGCCCCACACCCAGCCCACAUCCUCCCCCCAUGUGGCAGAGUUCGUCACUCGGGUCCUGGAGCGCCUCAAGCCCCUCACCUCGGAGCAGGAGAUCCACAACCACGUUCACGAGGAGAACACCCAGGAGACGGACGAGCGCACCCAGGCUGUCAAACUGCUCAAGACGGUUUUAAAAUGGUUAAUGGCAAGCGCAGGGCGAACUUUCACCACUCCCGUUCAGCAGCAACUACAGCUCCUACCUCUGCUCUUCAAGAUUGCCCCGGUGGAGAUUGAUGAGAGCUAUGAUGAGAUGAAGCAGGAUGCGCGCACGUGUCUCUCUCUCAUGUCCCAGGGCCUGCUGUACCCUGAGCAAAUCCCUCUAGUCCUGGCAGCUCUUGAGGAGAUGGCGGUGAGCAGGUCAUGGCAUGCGCGCUACUCAGUGCUGACCUACCUCCAGAUCAUGGUUUUCUACAACUUGUUUACACUGCUCAGCCUGUCUGCUGAGGUCCUGCGCAUCCGUAAGCUGGUGAUGCAGCUGCUGCUGGAUGAACAGCUAGAGGUUAGGGACAUGGCAGGCACCACCCUCAGUGGUUUACUGCAGUGCCAGUUCUUCCCCCUGGACUCCAGUCUGCAGACACAGCUCCAGACGCUGAGUCAGACUCGCCUCCCCAAGGCCAGGGGAGAGCUGGCCUCCACAGACUUGGUUCGGCGACAUGCUGGAGUCCUAGGUCUCAGUGCGUGCAUCCUGUCAAGUCCCUAUGAAGUUCCAGACUGGAUGCCCCAGAUACUGAUGGAUCUGAGUGACCAUCUCAAUGAUCCACAGCCUAUAGAGAUGACAGUGAAGAAGACCCUGUCGGACUUCAGGCGAACUCACCAUGAUAAUUGGCAGGAGCACCGGCAGUGCUUCACUGAUGACCAGCUGCUCGUGCUCACAGAUCUGCUGGUGUCGCCCUGCUACUACGCCUAGACAGCAAACUAGAAAAGUAGUCCUCUACAGACAGACAGAGUAGCCCCAUAGGGAAAAAACACCAGCAAUUACACCCUCUAUACUGUUAGGAACUCAGCUGUCAUUACUGCCUGUUAUAGUACCAUCUGAUAAUGCUGUAGCAGUUUAGAGCCCUGCCUCUGGAAACUCUUGUGCCACUGUUGGCCUUUGAUUUAACUCAGCCAGAAAGCAGACCUGGGCAAAAUGGUUUCAAAUAUUGAACUUGGUGCAUUUGAUUUUUCUCAUCAGGCACUUCAGCAGCCCCAAAGGUGGCCACUUUACUUUACAGAUAACCACCCUUUCUUUAUUUUUUGGUUUUCCUCCCGCCCCCUUCCUCUCUAUUUAAAACAUAGUUAACCACUGUUUUGCCCAUAUCUGCCAGAAACCUCUCCUUUAUCUCUCCAGCUCACCGUCUCUCUUCACACUACUGCUGUUUCAAAGAUAACACAAAUACUGUACUUAGGAGGUGGGACUGCCCAUUCCUCUACUACAUAUAAGAGCAAUAUAUAAUACAUAUGAUUAUGAAUAUGUAGUAUUAAUAUAAAAUAUAAAUAUAAAAUUAUGCACUAAAAAUGAUAAUGUAUCCUAAUAUAUGAUAGGAUAUAUAAUAUAAUUGUAUUAUCAUUAUAUAUCUGUCUAAACACUAUAACAUGCUAUUACUAAAAUAAGAAAAAACUACAACUAUACUGAGCUGAAAUAAUAUUAAUACCACAUUUCUACACACCUUACUGUUAUGUGUAGUACAUACUGUACAAUAGGUCAGCAGUGAGAGAAUUACUGUUUUUACUCUUUGAUACACUUACUGUACAAAUUGUAAUAAGAGAUGUAUUUUAUUUUAGACAAGAGGAAUGACUGUGGUGUGCUGCAUGUUCACCACAAUUGAUUGUAUAACUAUAUAACAUGGUUCAUCUGUAUAUAUCUGUAUCACAUAGCGUUCCUAGCAGAUAUUGUAAUUCUCUGAACAUAGAGGAACAGGUGUUGACAGCGCUGUAGUUUAGUGCCAAACUGUUCUAUAGCUAUGCUGCAUAGCUCCUGCUACUGACCAAAAUCAAUAAAGACAGUUAACUGGUUA